CGGAGAGAACGACAGACCUACUUUUCCUCGAACCAUGCAUUAUUUUCAAUAGAAAGAGCACACAUUCAGAAUCUCUUGCCGGAUUAUGUUGCGCAAAUCGAAUGAACUGUAAUUUACUUUGGGAACUCGAAUUCAAGAAAACUUGCAUAGGAACUCCCGUACGACAGACAGGAAUCCCGAGGAAACUUGAUCGCUGAAACUUUUUAAUCUGCGGUGCGCGUUUUCGAUGCGAGCAACCACGGCGCAGAACUUUUCAGAAUCCGUUUGUAGUUAAACUUAGAUCUCUCGUAGAGCGAGAUCCGAGUGGAAGCACGGAUAUGGAUGUUAAGGGAUGAAUGUGGGUUCGUUUAUGAUUCUCGCGCGGUGUGGUUUGUCUUGCAGUUUUGCUACCUCCGAAACUUGCAGGGAAGAAGAUCGAAGCUGCGUUAUUCGAGAUCCAGACGGAGCAUAAAGGAAGAAUAAAAACAACUGCACAGAAGACGUGCGGGGCGUACUUUGCAAAGUUGCUGUAUUUUCGGUUAAUGUUAUAUUUUACGCAAUAUUUAUUUGCAUUCAUAACGAAAAGGUGUCUGGUGGAUUAAUGGAAAGUUCGUCAUGUUUUAGCCAUGGAAAAGUGGGGAAUCUUUAUUAUGUAUUUUAAACUGAAGAUCUGAAACCGUGGGAACUGACAUAUAAGCUAAGUUUUGGGUCAUUCUAGCGUGAGCAAAGCGGACAACAGUAUUUGUUUAGUUGAAACAGACGUCCAGUGGAUUGUACAACACAGGCAUCAUUUUUUAUUGUUUUUAGAGGGAAUAAGGUAGGAGACUUUGCUUGUAAAAUGCCACAACUUAACGGAGGCGGCGGCGAUGACUUGGGGGCCAACGAUGAAAUGAUCUCCUUUAAAGACGAAGGGGAGCAGGAGGAAAAAAUAUCCGAAAAUGUUUCGGCCGAGAGGGAUUUGGACGAUGUGAAAUCCUCUUUAGUGAACGAGUCGGAAAACAACAGCAGUUCCUCUGAUUCAGAGCAAGCAGAGAGGCGUCCCCAACCAAGACCAGACUCAGAAAGUUACGAGAAAACCAGAGAUUACUUUAGUGAAGCAUUAAGAAGACAGCAAGAUGGAGGCUUUUUUAAGAGUCCCCAUUAUCCUGGUUAUCCGUUUCUAAUGAUCCCAGAUCUUACCAACCCCUACCUAUCCAACGGGUCCCUAUCCCCCAGCGCCAGAACGUACCUGCAGAUGAAAUGGCCACUCCUCGAUGUUCCGGGAACAGCCGGCCUGAAAGACUCCAGAUCACCCACCCCGGGACACCUAUCCAACAAGGUCCCGGUGGUGCAGCAUGCCCACCACGUCCACCCGCUGACGCCACUCAUCACCUACAGCAAUGAGCACUUCUCUCCCGGGACCCCACCCUCGCACCUCUCACCGGAGAUCCUCGACCCAAAGACAGGCAUCCCGCGAACGCCCCACCCCUCAGAGCUCUCACCCUACUACCCGCUGUCACCUGGGGCCGUGGGACAAAUCCCUCAUCCCCUGGGCUGGCUGGUUCCUCAGCAGGGCCAGCACAUGUACUCCAUCCCGCCCGGGGGGUUCAGACACCCCUACCCUGCGCUCGCUAUGAAUGCCUCCAUGUCCAGCCUGGUGUCCAGCCGUUUCUCGCCACACAUGGUGCCCCACCACCCCCACGGCUUGCACCAGACAGGCAUCCCUCACCCGGCCAUUGUCUCGCCCGCCAUCAAACAAGAGCCCAACAAUGACAAUGUGGGCUCUGUCGUGCACUCGAAGUCUCCGGGGCCGGCGAAGAAGGAGGAGGACAAGAAGCCCCACAUCAAGAAGCCACUGAACGCCUUCAUGCUCUACAUGAAGGAGAUGAGGGCCAAGGUGGUGGCGGAGUGCACCCUGAAGGAGAGCGCGGCCAUCAACCAGAUCCUGGGGAGGAGGUGGCAUUCGCUAUCACGAGAGGAACAGGCCAAGUACUACGAGCUGGCGAGGAAAGAGAGGCAACUGCACUCCCAGCUCUAUCCAGGCUGGUCGGCACGGGAUAACUACGGGAAACGAAAAAAGAGAAAGAGAGAUAAUAAGACGGACUCCACACCAGAAGACUUUUCUUCGCGAAAUAAGAAGCAGUGCGUGCAAUACCUGCCAUCUGAGAAGAUGUGCGACAGCCCCGCCUCCUCUCACGGCAGCAUGCUGGACUCCCCAGCCACACCCUCGGCGGCCCUGGCCUCCCCAGCAGCGCCUGCUGCCACCCACUCAGAGCAGGCCCAGCCCCUGUCCCUCACCACCAAGCCCGAGGGCCGGCCACACCAUCACUUCCCUCUCCCGGGCAAGCCCUCUGGAUCUUCCUCCUCUUCUUCCUCCUCCUCUUCCUCCUCCUCCUCUUCCCAGCCAAGCAUCUCUCUCCCCAUUGGUUCCUCAGGCAGCCAGUCCACGCCGAUUCUCUCUCGGCCAAUCCCCUUCACCUCUCUGCACCCUUCCAUGCUGUCCCCACCCACCUCUUUCCAUCAGGCCGCCCUGCAUUCCCACCAUGCUUUGUUCCAAUCACAGCCCCUGUCCUUGGUUACCAAAUCAACCGACUAAAUCAAAACGAGCAAUUCUUUUUUUUUUUUUUUUCUUUUUAUUAUGCUGUAU